CAAACCUGUUGAAGGUGGUAGCGAUAGAGAGAGGUUCUCUCAUUGAAGGAUUCCCAGAAAGAAUGGGAGGAAGAGGAGGAGAUCAAGAGAUUGAUGAAGUGGCUCUUCUUGAAUCUCCUCUGAUCCAAAGCCAAGAUCUUGAACAUGAUCGCGACAAUGACCACCAUGGAACAUCUUCACACAGCUCGGUUCAAAGAGACAAGAAUCGCGCAAUCAUAACUGGAGAAUUGAAGAGGCAGGUAUGGCUGUCGGGGCCGCUGAUCGGAGUGAGCAUGCUGCAGUACUGCGUGCAGGUGAUCUCCGUCAUGUUCGUGGGCCACCUGGGGGAGCUCCCUCUCUCCGGCGCAUCCAUGGCCACUUCCUUUGCUUCAGUCACCGGCUUCAGCGUCUUGUUAGGAAUGGGAAGUGCAUUGGAGACAUUGUGUGGCCAAGCCUAUGGAGCCAAACAGUACCACAUGCUUGGAGUUUACACACAACGAGCCAUGCUUACGCUUCUAUGCCUAAGCAUUCCUCUGGCAGUCAUAUGGCUCUACACCGCCGACAUUCUCAUAGCUUUCGGCCAAGACGUCGAGAUUUCCAUGGAAGCAGGAACUUUCAACCGUUGGAUGAUGCCAAGUCUAUUCGCGUACGGCCUCCUCCAAUGUCUGAACCGGUUCUUGCAGACGCAGAAUAACGUUGUACCGAUGACGAUAAGCUCUUUGGUUACUGCUUCUCUCCACGUAGUCGUCUGUUGGGUCUUCAUCUUUAAGUUCGGACUAGGAAGUAGAGGGGCUGCUUUAGCGAACACGAUCUCGAAUUGGAACAAUGUGAUCCUGCUGGCGAUUUAUGUGAAGCUCUCUCCCUCUUGCGUCAAGACUUGGACAGGUUUCACGAAUGAGGCCUUGCGCGACAUCGUUAGCUUCGUGAAGCUUGCUGUUCCUUCAGCAGUUAUGAUUUGUUUCGAGUAUUGGUCCUUCGAGAUGGUUGUUCUUCUAUCGGGUCUUCUGCCAAAUCCGAAACUAGAGACAUCUGUGUUAUCUAUUAGCCUCAACACUUGUUGGAUGGUCUACAUGGUCUCUGUCGGUCUCGGCGGAGCAAUCAGCACUAGAGUGUCGAACGAAUUAGGUGCAGGCCGCGCUGCAGGCGCGCGCUUAGCAUUGCGAGUCAUGAUCGCCAUCGCCUUAACAGAGGGCGCAAUAGUUGGAAUCGGGACGAUCUUGGUAUGCCACGUUUGGGGAAAGCUGUACAGCAACGAAGAGGAAGUGAUCGCAUACGUCGCCAGAAUGAUGCCGCUUCUCGCUCUCUCAGAUUUCCUGGACGGGUUUCAGUGUGUCCUUUCAGGGUCCGCAAGAGGAUGCGGAUGGCAGAAUCUCUGCGCUUGGAUAAACCUCGGGGCUUAUUACGUCGUGGCAAUCCCUUGCGCCGAACUGUUUGCGUUUCGCUUCCAUCUUGGAGGGAUGGGUCUAUGGAUGGGGAUCAUAUGCGGGCUGUCUGUACAAGUCAUGGCACUUAUCACAGUGAAUGCAUGUACCAACUGGGAUCAGGAGGCAAAGAAAGCUGUGGAUCGAGUUAAAGCGGUACGAGCACAUUCUGAUGAUGAACAAGAGCAAAGCUAGAUUUGCUAUAUAUUGAAAACAGGCUAUGGGAUCAAGGAGUAAUGUAAUAGUCCCUGGAAACGAACAUGUCACGAAUGGUUAC